AAAUGAAAUGACGUUUGAAGAUAAUGACAUCACAAAUCAACAAGCCUAACUUUGAAACCUGGUUACCACUGAAAGGGUUCAAAGUCUGAAGCCUGCAUGGGGAAGAGAGGGGCAAAUAAAAAAAGAGUGUGUGAUAGAAACUCUCUCUGGAGGGACUAUUUGCAGACCAUUUACAUGCACACACCUAUAUAACAAAUGAAAAGGGAAAACCAUCAAAAGCAUAAUAGUGCCUCUUUAAUGCGAGUUAUACAGUAAAAUGAAAAUCCAAUGUCAUUCAAAAAGGCAAACAUAUAUCCAAGGAAAGAAAUGCUUUACAGAAAAGAAGUCAAGGAGGGUAAAAUGCUCCGGCUCUGGCCUGGUUUGCUGCUCCAUCCUUAUUGGUCCUCAGACUCAUCCUGCUUCAAUGUAUGUUCAGCUUCCUCCUCCUCUCUCUCCAAACAGAUCCCUCUUCCACGCCCCCUUACACACAGUGGCAGUUACACACAGCUGCUGCACAUACAUGAUGUAGACAGGUUAUUGUAGAUUGCAAAUGUUACUGUCAGCAUUGAGGAAGCUUGCCUUUCCCUGGGAUUUAUGAGUUACUAACUUUAUCAAACUAAUAGGGAACAGUUUUUCGUUGCCCUUUUUAAUUUUUCAGAGGCUAAGUCGAAUCAUGUUGAAUAUGGACACAGGCUGGUUUCAAAGACAUGAGCAAUGAACCUUUGCUGAGAGGAAACUGACAAAACGCUGUGACACUUCCGCAUACAGCACAUUUGCAAAAUGAAGUCGUUUGUUACAGUUCUCUUUGUCAUUUAUUUGCUUUAUUUAUGUGAAUCACAAGGGAUCAGUGCUAGGACUCCUGUGUUUGUGCUGAAGGGAGAGGAUUUGCUUCUGAAUGUCACCAAAGAUGAUGUUCUUCAGGAUGUUUUUAGUUUUUCAUGGAAAUUUAAGGAAAACCUAAAAGUAUUAACAGUUAAUCCUGGCAACACUCCAAAUGUAUUUCCUGAUUACACUGGAAGGAUUGAGUUUCUUGUGAACAAUUUCUCUGUGAAAUUGAAGAAUCUCCAAGAGGCAGACAGUGGAGUUUAUACUGCUGUAGUGACAAAGCUUUCAGGAGAGGAAACAGAAGCAGCUAAAUAUAAGAUCAAAGUUCAAGAUCGAGCGUCUCUCCCUCUCCUCACAGUGAGCUCUGUCUCCAGAAGCUCUCCCUCCUGUAGCUUCAGUGUGACCUGCAGCUCACAGGACUCUCACAUCAACAGCACUUUCACAUGUGACACCAGAACCUGCAGUCAGGAGGGAGGAGAGCGGUCAGAGGGGAUCCCUGAUACUUUUCUCCAGGUCCACCUAUCAAGUCGAUCGAUCAUCUGUAACCAUAGUAACCAUGUCAGCUGGACCAGCGACACCAUAAUAAUCACCAAUAUCCAAGAUGUCUGCCCAAAAUAUGUUCCUCCCAAACCAGACCCUGUUCCCAUCAUUUUGGGAGUAUUCUUCACAAUUCUCAUUCUCGCCAUCAUUGGUGUAGUACUUUGGUGUCUUCGAAUGAGAAGAACAAGCAAAAGAGUGAUUAUCGAGAAUACAAUUUAUGAUACUGCUCAGUUCGUAGCUCCAGCCCGGACUCAGGAUCCAACAGAUGAUGAAGCUUCAGCUCCUUAUCUGUCCUCCACCUACGCUAUGGUUGGUCCUCACACUGGACCCCCAGCUCCCACUGAGACUAGAAACACAGCUCCGCUAGAGAGUGUGUACGCUCAGGUGAAAAAUACCACACCAGGUCCUUGAAAAAUGAUCAGGUGUCGUUUUCCACAUACUGCACUUGUUGGGAUUAAGAUUUAUGGCAACUGAGCCAUGGACUUUAUUUUCAUACCCUCUUUUGGUGUGAACAUCCACCCACAAGAGAAAAAGCAUUUGAGCUCCAUACUGUUUCAGAAAUAAUCCUUGAUGUGGUUUGGAACAUGAUAUGGCAUUUAAUCACGGCAGAAUUUAACUGUAUCUGCCGGGUAAUUCUGAGCAGGCAUUAUCUCCCCGUCCUAUUUUUUUUGUUCAAGCCAAGGACCCAAAAAGGACCUUUAAGAGCAACAGCAACCACUAAUCCUAGUUAGCAUCAAGCUAACAACAAGAAGGACAUUGGAUUGUCUCCUUCUCCUCACUGUUUAACAACAGGCUUUGAGAGUAACAGAUUACAUGUAGUGGAAUUCAUUUGAUUGUAUGCAAAUUAUUUGUACAGUUUCUACCCUUAAUGUUACAAAAAGAUAUAUAUCAUUACUGUCUCACAACACAGAGUCUCGAGUGAAACCAAAGCUAAUCUUCCUGUACAUCAUUGUUGCCUCGAAUUAAUUAAAGGUGGGGUAGGUAAUUUUGGAGAAACCAGCUUGAGUGCGCUAAAAUUUGAAAAUACACAGCCGGAAAAAAUCUGCCCCCUCCUUACACACACGAACGCGCACAUGACCAAUGAGGGCACGAGAUAAGUUUGUGCACAGAUGGAAGGCUGACAGGCAGGUAGGCCAUCCAAUCAUUUGAGCCGGGCCGGCUCAAAUGAUUGGUCGUGCUUUUUACAGUACUACGGCUUCCACAGAUGACAUUUUUUUAUGGAUUUUUGGUCAAAGCACUUAAGAUAUUCAUUGCUAUCGGGAUGUUAAGAGCAUUCCAUGGAAUAUAACAAAAAGUGUAUCUCGAGCCGGUUUCUCAAACUUACCUACCCUUUAAUUUAAUGGAAAAUUCUCCAGCAUUCAGUGUUGAAAGGAGAAAAGUGAAACAACAUUACCGCCAUUGAAAGCUUUGCCUUCCAGCUGUUAAUAUGCAAUCAUUUGCCAAGAAGUCAACAUUUAAUUUAAAGAAGAAUUUGCAGGUUAAUGAUUUGUAAAUUAUGGUUUUCUGUGGUCCACUACUUGGUAGCCGAGCUUAUUUAGGAUACUUUCACUCCUCUUCUUUUAAAAACCAACACCAACAUUGAUUUUGCUAAGUCAAUGUAGCUGCAGGAUUCUUCAUUGUUUUAGUUUCAAUAAAAUCACUUUCAAUAAGUGUCAGAUAAAUGUGAUGUAAUGUAAACCUGCCGGUCCACUGCAACUCUGACUACUUUUAAAUCCAGGCUGAAGACUUUUCUUUUUGCCGCUGCUUUUAAUUGAACUAUUCACAUCUUAAACUGCACUGUAACUAUUAUUCAUUUAUUUUUUAUUUUAAUGUUUAUUUUAUUAUCUUUGCUUUUUAAUUACUGUUUUGAAAUGCCAUUUUCUUAAUGUCUUUCAUUUUUGUAAAGCACUUUGAAUUGCCUUGUGUUGAAAGAUGCUAUAUAAAUAAACUUGCCUUGCCUUGCCUAAUGUGUAAUGUGAGUAUGUCAUAUAAUGUUAUGUGAGAGUAUUUCAUGUAUUAAAUUAAAAAGUAUUUGUAAACUAUA